GUUAAACCUUUUUUUUUUUUUUUUUUUUAGUACUUUUAUUUCUCUUGUUUGUGUUAGUGAUGUUUGAGUGUUCAAUUUCCAAAAAAGCAAAACAGUGGUGUUGAAAAGGGAAACGCAUCUGAAUCCCAAUAAAAAGCUAUGGCAGAAAGAGUUUAUGAUAAGCAGAAGCUUUAUGUAGAAGGAUUAUUGCUCUGAAAUUCUCAAGCUGGUAGCAAAAGAAUGUAAUAAUUACAAUUUCUUUCUCUUCAAAUUUCUUAUAAGAGCCAAGUUUCCAUAGUAUAAACUCUGUAUAUCUCUCUCAUGGCUGGAGUUCAAGGAGGAGGAGGACUCAACAAGCAAUGUCUUCUCCUCAUAGUAAUAGCUGGGAUAGAGAGAUUUGCAUUCAAAGGGGUGGCAUCAAAUCUUGUAACUUACUUAACAGAUGUGGUGAAGAUGAGUAAUUCUUCAGCAGCCAAGACUGUAAAUAAGUGGUGUGGAUUUACUUAUAUGUUACCACUUUUAGUUGCUUCUGUUGCUGAUUCUUGUUGGGAUAAGUAUCCUACCAUUUUGUUCUCCUCUUUCCUCUAUGUUGUGGGGCUUGUGGCAUUGACAUCAACAGCAUUAGCUUGGGCGUUGUAUCCAACCAACAACCUAAGCUCUUCAUUCUUGUUUUGGUCUCUCUGUCUUAUCUCACUAGGCCAAGGUGGGUAUAACCCAUCUUUACAAGCAUUUGGAGCAGAUCAGCUUCAAAACGACGACGAAUUGCCCUCAACAAAAGACAUUCAAAAAUCAAAUAAAAAGAGUUUAUUCUUUCAAUGGUGGUAUUUUGGUGUUUGUGGUGGAAGCCUUUUAGGAGUUACAGUAAUGUCUUAUAUUCAAGACACACUUGGUUGGGUGUUGGGAUUUGCUUUCCCCACCGUUGCAAUGGUUACUUCAAUUGGUUUAUUUUGGUGUGGAAGCAGAAUGUAUGUUUAUAAACAAGAUGGUAAAGAUAAGAUUGCUGAAAGGUCCUUUUGGGACAUAGUUCAAGCCAUGAAGGAAUUCACUUCCAAAUUAAUCAAUUGCAGAGUCACCUUAUCAAGGGAUAAUGAAUUUCCUGAGCUAGAGCUUCAGGAGAAGCCUCUUUGUCCUGAGAAUAUGGGCAGUGGCAAAGGCAUGAAUGAGAACAACUCCUCCAAAAGUAGAAUUUCCACUGAUAAUGCAAAAGUUAUCCUAAGGCUCAUACCUAUUUGGACAAUGCUUCUAAUGUUUGCUGUUAUUUUCCAACAACCUGCCACCUUCUUUACUAAACAAGGUGUAACAAUGGAAAGAACUAUUGGAAGCAACUUCAAGAUCCCACCAGCAACACUACAGAGUGCAAUUACAGUCUCUAUAAUCCUCCUAAUGCCAUUUUAUGACACCAUAUUUAUCCCAAUUACUCGAAUCAUCACUCGAGACGAAAAGGGUAUAAAUGUAAUGCAAAGAAUGGGUAUAGGUAUGUUUUUAUCCAUAAUAGCUAUGGUUAUUGCUGCACUAGUAGAAAUGAAAAGGCUUGAAAUGAUUCAAAAAAUGCCAAAUUCAGAAACUGUUCCUAUAAGCAUAUUUUGGUUACUGCCUCAGUACAUUUUGUUAGGGAUUUCUGAUAUAUUUACUGUUGUGGGUAUGCAAGAAUUUUUCUACAGUGAAGUUCCUUCUAGAAUGAAAACUAUGGGAAUUGCAUUGAACACAAGUGUUUUUGGUGUUGGAAGUUUUGUGAGUGCUUUUUUGAUAACUCUUAUUGAAAUUUUUACUAGUUCAAGAGGAAAGAAAAGCUGGUUUAGUGAUGACAUGAAAGAAGCUCGUCUGGAUAAGUAUUAUUGGCUUCUUGCAAUUUUAAGUGCAGUGAGUAUGUUCUUUUAUGUUGUUUUAUGUAGAUUUUAUAGGAGUAGGAGUGAUUUGGAUAAUGAUAGUUGUAAAUGAUAAUUUUUAAUUUGCUAUUUAAGGAAAAUAUAGUUUUUCUCUCAAGAAGUUUAGUGGAGUACAAAUGUCAUGUAUGCAAUAUUUGAUUAUUAGUGGAAAUGUAAAUGAUGUUAUUUGCUUCUGA